CAUAACAACCCCUCCAUCACGAACUUCCGCUCGCAAUUUGGCACUCACACAGCAACCAGCCUCAAAGUCCGACCUCAUCACAAGUACCCUCCAGCCAAAGCCCACCAAAAUGAAAGUCCUAACCCUCAACUUCCUCACCUGCGCCGUAAAGGCCUGCAAAUCCACAUCCGCCUCCUUCCCCCUCCACCCCAAGGACUGCGAACUAGUAUCCGACACCAUCGCACCGAACCCACAGCUUCUGACAAAUGUUCUGCCUCGAGUAGAUUGGAAUGCGCUGGUCAUUACUGCUGCUGAGCUCGGCUUCCCCACUCUCCCACCCAACCCCCCAACACCCGAACAGCUCGAGACCGACGAAAAGCUCUUCUCGGAACUACACACUCUACUCCUCGAGACGCAGAUAAGUGAGGGUGGACUGGUGUGUGCGAAUUGUGGGCAUGAGUAUAAGAUCAAGGAGGGGAUUGCGAAUUUUCUGUUGCCGAAUCAUUUGGUUUGAGGAGUCUUUUUUCGAAAGGAGAUUGGGAAAUGAGGUUGGGCAUUGAUGGGAGUUUGCAAGGCAUGGAAUGGAAUCUGGAGUGGAAGGGGUAGAUGUGGGGUGACAAGACAGAUUUGAGGAGCUUUUAGAGGUCGGACUAGGCUUGAUGGGAGAGGGAGGAGAAGUUCAAGGGUUUGGAUCACCCGAAGGAUAAUUUUGUCUAGCCUGGAUCUCCCGAUUAGAGGGCAGGGCAAAGGGAGGAAGGGGGUACAGGAGAUGAAAAUUAUGUAGCGGUUGUUAUGAUACCCAUUUUGGCAUUGCAUCAAAUUGCAACCUCCCGCAGGUAGGCUAGCCUGAGAAAAAUACUACGUUUUGCCAUGACAUCUAAGGGAGGUAGCUUAUUCUGACAUUUAGCAAUCCAUUUCCCUCCACUUAUAGGACCGCGGCAGGCAUGGUAGGCAUAGUACAGCUUGGAGACGGUCAGUCACAGCCAAAGAU